AUGUCAAUUACCAAGACGCUUCAUAUGGGUCGGGUCGUAGACGAGCAAGUAGAUGAAAGUUCUGGAAAUGAUGAGACGGACACGAUGAUGUCGAGUCAGAUGGAGAGACUUGCGAGUUUUCUGCUGAGGAAGACGGAGAGGCUCCUUGCCGAGCGUCACUUCGACAGCCUGGUGGAGGCGGCGGACAGGAGGAGAGAAAAUCUCUCCCUCCUUGAGAGAUUGCUGCACGUGAAACGUCAUCAUUACCUUGAAGACUCGUUCCUGUCAUGGCGGAUGCUCGUCGACUCAAGACAUGGAAGCGAAGGAGGAGGAGGGAAGCUAGAAGUCAAUGACCAGUUGGUUCCCCAGGAGGUGUUCUUCACUGAGAUCCUGCAGUCUUGGCAGCUCGAAAGCAACUCGCAGGCGAUCCGGCAGGAGUUUGCCCAAGAGAUCAAGGACUGGCAGUCGAGGUUGGAGCAGGAGGGGGCAGGAGACAACUACAGCAGCAUCAUGAAGCUGCGCGCCCUUGGCGACCUCUUGCUCAAACUUUGGAACGCAGAGAAAGAGGGGCAGUUUCCGCACAUCAAGGAAGAGAUGGCUGUAAACUUCGGGCCUCCUGCUCCUCCUCCUCUCCUGAUCCGUUCGCAGGUUCUGAUCUACGACGACAAUCUCGUGGGUAUGUGA